AUGGUGGGAGGCGAAGUUGCAAUGGCUGUGGGGCAGCCGCAUCUUUCUCGCCAGGGUCUGGCCAACUUGGAUGUUACCAAGUUGACUCCUCUCUCUCACAAAGUUAUCAGCAGACAAGCCACAAUUAACAUAGGUACAAUUGGUCAUGUUGCUCAUGGAAAAUCUACAGUUGUAAAAGCUAUUUCUGGAGUUCACACUGUCAGGUUCAAAAAUGAACGGGAAAGAAAUACUACAAUCAAGCUUGGAUAUGUGAAUGCCAAGAUUUAUAAACUUAAUGAUGCAAGUUCUCCUCGGCCAGAAUGCUACAGAUCCUGUGGAAGCAGUACACCUGAUGAAUUUCCUUCAGACAUUCCAGGGACCAGAGGGAACUUUAGACUUGUCAGACAUGUUUCCUUUGUUGACUGUCCUGGCCAUGAUAUUUUGAUGGCUAUUAUGCUGAAUGGUGCAACAGUGAUGGAUGCAGCUCUUUGGUUGAUAGCUGGUAAUGAAUCUUGACCUCAACCUCAGACUUCUGAACACCUGGCUGCCACAGAAAUUAUGAAGCUGAAACAUAUUUUGAUUCUACAGAAUAAAAUUGAUUUGGUAAAAGAAAGUCAGGCUAAAGAACAGUAUGAACAGAUCCUUGCAUUUGUACAAGGUACAGUAGCAGAAGCAGCUCCUAUUAUUCCAAUUUCUGUACAGCUGAAAUAUAAUAUUGAAGUUGUCUGUGAGUAUAUUGCAAAGAAAAUUCCAGUACCUCUAAGAGACUUUACGUCAGAACCCCAACUUAUUUUUAUUAGGUACUUUGCUGUCAACAAACCUGGCUGUGAGGUUGAUGACCUUAAAGGUGGUAGGGCUGGUGGUAGUAUUUUAAAAGGUUUAAAGGUGGGCCAGGAGAUAGAAGUCAGACCUGAUAUUGUUUCCAAAGAUAGUGAAGGAAAACUCAUGUGUAAACCAAUCUUUUCCAAAAUUGUAUCACUUUUUGCAGAACAUAAUGAUCUUCAGUAUGCUGCUCCAUGGGGUCUUAUUGGAGUUGGAACAAAAAGUGACCCCACUUUGUGCCGAGCUGAUAGGAUGGUGGGGCAGGUACUUGGUGCAGUUGGAGCUUUACCAGAGAUCUUCACAGAAUUGGAAAUUUCCUAUUUCCUACUUAGACGGCUCCUUGGUGUACGGACAGAGGAAGACAAAAAAGCAGCAAAGGUGCGAAAGCUGUCUAAGAAUGAAGUGCUUAUGGUGAACACAGGAUCCUUGUCAACAGAAGGAAGAGUGAGUGCAGUUAAGGCUGACUUGGGUAAAAUGGUUCUCACUAAUCCUGAAUGCACGGAAGUAGGAGAAAAAAUUGCCCUCAGCCAAAGAGUUGAGAAACACUGGUGUUUAAUUGGUUGGGGUCAGAUAAGAAGAGGAGUAACCAUCAAGGCAACAGUAGCUGAUGACUGAAGAAUACCAGUUAGUAACA